AUGGCGGGUCUUGAGUAUGAGGUGCAGCGUGCAGAAGGAGAACAGACUGUAUACAUAUUGGUUGAAUCGACGCCACUGGAAAAUGGACUAUCGAAUAAAUGGACUGCAACUCGGCAGAACGAAGAAAAACCCCGGCAUGACAGUCCCGGGACAGUCAAGUUUAUGAACCCCCAGCGUCAAACAUGGAAGUAUCCUCGACGACCAAUUUUGGGACCGCAAACCGGAAAUCAGAACGAGCCCGGCCCCACCCAAUGA